AUGUCUGGCAACCAAGACGACACCACCGUGCCUGUGUACUACUCGCACCACAGCUACCUAUUCGCGGAAAUCACCAAGAAGCAUCCCAACCUCACCACAGAAGAGCUCGAGAAAGAGUUCAAAACCAAAGUUGAGGGCGCGUACGCCACCAAGCUUUUCGACGAGUUCGGUGCCUUCUACCACAUCUCGCGCGACCAAGUCGAUGCGUUCAAGGCGUUCGUUGCUGAUGAGUUGAUGUGGAGCCGCUACCUCGAAGACAAGCCUGAGGUUGGCCUAACCUUGCAACAGGGCACAAAACUCGUCGCCAAGUUCAGGGCCAAGAUCGCUGAGCUCAAGGAGGAGCAUGCCGCGGAGAAGAAGAAGCUCCAGAGCGAGCAUAGAGCCGUCUAUGAAGCCUUCUACAAGGGCGCCUGCGCGGACUACAGCAGCCAGAUCAAAGAGCUGUCGGCCGAGAACGAGCGUCUCAAGGAGGAGAACGCGGAGGUCAAGCGCCUCAAGCAGGACUUGCUCGAUGAGCGGGAGGAGCAGUUUGACAAAUUCGAGGUGCUUUUGGGGGCGAAGAUGGACCUUGAGAAGGACGUGAAGAGGAAGGAAGACAGGAUCAAGAAUCUUGAAGAUGAGGUCGCCGACCUGAAGAAGCACAAGGGCCUCGCCGAAGAAAGCGCUCGAAGACUGGAGUAUAUCGCUGAGCUCAAGAACGGAAACAAAAAGUUGGAGGAGGAAAUCAAGAUCUCGACCAGGAAAUUGGUGGAACGGACUACCUAG